AUGCCACGUAAGCUACGUAAGAAUAUACGUAAGAGGAAGAGAGCAUUGAAACAUCCAAUAGUAAAACUGACACCACAACAACAACUGCAACAACAAAUGAUGAAUGACCCCACUAUGUUGCAACAAAUGUCAAGCAACCCUAUGCUUUUAAACCGAGUUAUAGGUGCACAGAGUGGAGGUUUAAGAGCGGCACUUUUAGCGAAAAUGGCAGGCUAUGGUGGAGCUGCAGACGGAACAGCUUAUAACCCUCAAAGUCAAAUGAAUUUGAGUUCACUCAAAAAUCAAAUAACAGAUGUCAAAAAGUCAAACAUAGACAUACAGAAACAAAUAAGUGAAAACGAAAAGAAACUAGAAUAUGACAGACACACAAAGAAACUCAAUGAGUUAAACGUAGAGAAAAAGAAGAAAGAAGAACAACUGAAAGAACUAAGUACAGAGGAAUAUGCGAAAAAAGUGUCAGAAAAAGCAACAGAAGUAGCAAAAAUGGAACAAGAUGUUAUAAAUUUGAAAAACCAUACUACUCAAUAUAAAGUACUGAAAGAUGAAGAAAUAAAACAAAAAGCCCUGAAGACAUAUAUGGAUAGCGAUGAGUAUAAAAAAGAAGUUGAAGCAAAUGUAAAGGCAGAAAAACUUUUACAGUUGCAAAACCAAACCGUACAGUAUGAAAACUUAGCACAAGAAAGUAAAAAUAACGACACAGCCAUGCAAAAGGCAAUGAAAAGCGCAGAAUAUAUAAAAGCUAAUAAUGACUGGUUAGAUGCCCAGGCCAACGCUAAAGCAGCCCAACUUAUAGGGUCAAUAAGGACAAAAAUACAAGCGGAUGAAGACAGUUCAAAUGAAGCUUUAAUGAAUGCUGACUUUAAGAAUGCCUUCGAAGCUCUUCAUAGUAAGGUGAAACUAGUGAACGACUUCUCAUCUGGAAAGAAACUGAAGUCUGAAGGUUUCGACAAAGAGUUAAGAGAAGUAGCACAAAAUAUGACGAAAAUAACAGAUGCAGCAACGAGACAGGCAGUUCAAAGUGCCUAUGACGCCGUUAGAGCAACUGUUGUGGAAAGUCAAGAAAAAGAGUUACAAAAGACCAAAACAGACCUAGUAAAUGCUUUCUUAAAAACGAAAAGUCAGGUAGGACAUUAUGCUGCAGAUGGAACAUAUGUGCCAGCUGGUGGAACUUAUAUACCAGCUGGUGGAACUUAUAUACCAGCUGGUGGAACUUAUAUACUAGCUAGUGGAACUUAUAUACCAGCUGGUGGAACUUUUAUACCACCAAACCCUUCAAGAGAAGCACCUGCAGCAGGACUACCUAAAACAUUUACAUCGUCACAUGGACACAGACGCAGGCAUGCACAACAACAACAACCAAAACCAACAGUUCAAAACCCUGCACAACCAACACAACAACCAACAGUUCAAAACCCUGCACCUGCACCACAACCAAAACCAGCACAACAACCACAACAACCACCUCCACAACCAGCACAACAACCACCUCCACAACCAGCACAACAACCAGCACAAACAGAGCAAGGACAUAAAAGAAGUAGCGAACAAGGAAACCAAGAAUUCUUAAAAAUGCUUAAGGAAGGUUAUGGUUACCCAGAUACUCUUGACUUUAGUGACAGAUAUAAAGAAGCUAUUAGAAAGUUCAAGGAAGGAAAUACUGACCCGAACCUAUUUAGCUUUAUGGUUCAGCACCAAAUGGGAUAUAAGCUCAAACCUGGAAAAUACAAGCUCGCUAAGGGAUAUGAUUUAAUAGCAUAUCAUCCAAAUGACAUGAAUGAAUUUACUCCGAGAUAUUUGGUGUCAGAGCUAAAUGAUAAUUCAACUCUCUUCAUGAAACGUGUAAAAAAUAGAGACGGAACGAAAGAAGAAAGGGUUAUGAAUGCGGAUGACUUAGAAAGGGAAUUUGUUAAAAACGGUCUCGGAAUAUAUGAAAUGCCAGCAGAUGAGGUACAAGAAACUCCACAGGAAGAAGUUCAGAUACAACCAGACAUGGAAGAAAUAGUUCAGCAACAACAGCUAGAAGAGCCUGAAGGAAACGAACAAGUCACUCCUUUGGAAACUAACUUCACAGAACUAGAUGAAGAUUUGGAACAGCCGAAAAAUCUUGACCCUCAACAAGUGUAUGCGGAGAAUAUGGAAUCUUUCCAAGAGUCUAAGAAAAAUUCGGCUGACAUAGUAGAAGAAUAUCGAAAAAUGUUCGCCGACAUACAAAAGACUCCAACAUCAGAUGAAAAUAUCCAGCAUAGAAUGGAAGUACUGAAAGAUAAUGUACACAAAUACAACAAUCCUUUUUACUUACGAGCAUAUAACGUUCAAUCUUCGGAUGAACUCGGUGAAAAUAAAAGGUUAAAUUUCAACAAAACAUAUAGAAAUGAAACAUUGUUUAAAGUUCAUUCAGAACCUAACCAAUCUGGAAACAAACCUACUUUUGUUUCUGCAGACUAUGGAACUACAAUGAGAUGGGGUCAUAAAGCUAAUCCGGAUAGGUGGUUCUUAAACUUACAACCACAAUUCCAAGAAGUUGUAGACGCAAUGGAAGAGAAUGGUGAACCAGAUAUAGCUGGUAUUUUCAGCGCGGCUUUAAUGCCAUUGAAAGAUAUGAAACAUGCAGAUAUUUUGGACCAGUAUGAAAUGAACAUGGCUGAUGGAAAUAUAACACCUGACGUUCUAGAACAUUUAUCUCAAAGAACUACACAGAACCAUAGAG